AUGUUGGCGCUCAUGAUCUCGACGUGUAUAUUACCCCAUAUCGAGGCGGUCUGUAUCGACGGACACACCCCUAUGUAUGAGGAGUCUCCCCACCAGAAGAUGAGACACUACACGUCCAUCGCGUGGUUCUUCUCGACAGUGAUCGGAAUAUUCCUCUUCCUUCUCGAGCUGACAAUCAUUGUUUGGGUCAAGUUUUGGUACAUGCAUUGGGUAGCCAUCGCAUCCACCAUAGUGUUGGUGCCAGUGAUCAGUGCCUUCUUGUUCUUCGCCUAUCACUUCUACCAUCAAUUGGUUGCCUAUAAGUUCGAGAGGACUGAACAGGUCUUAAGAGAAUUGGAGGAAUUGGCAGAAAAGAUGAAUGAAUGUGACAACAUUUGUGGUCAAAAUGAAGUGUAUAGUGAGUGCGGCUCUGCCUGUCCACCCAUUUGCAAGAACCAGAGGAUAUCCCAUUCACGCGCCUGUCAUCGCAUGUGUGUCGCCGGCUGUUUCUGUGCCCCGGGAUAUGUGAGAGACCCACUUCGGGAUAAUCAAUGUGUUUUAGAAACAGACUGUUCAGUCGAUGACAUGUUGUAA